CCCCAGGUGGCUCGGAGCGGCAAGUUUCACGGCAAAGCAGUCAGUCUUCCCUCGUAGUUGAAGGCGUAAGUAAGUGUGAAAGUGAGUGAGAUGGCAAACAACAGAGCCGCCAAGUCUGGAUUUGCCGCCGAGGCGCAGAGAAAAAUCAACAGCAAGUACAGUGAAGAACUAGCACAGGAAUGUUUAGAAUGGAUCAGAGCAAUCACAAACGAAGACUUCAACAUCAGUGGAGACGCAGACAACUUUUACGAGACAUUAAGAGAUGGCCAACUGUUGUGUAGAUUGGUCAACAUAAUGAAAGCCGGUUCCGUAAAGAAGAUAAACAACAGCACAAUGGCAUUCAAGUGUAUGGAGAACAUCAACAACUUCCUGGAGGUGGCACGACAGAUGGGCGUCCCUGCGCAGGAGACGUUCCAGACAGUCGACCUGUGGGAGCGACAAAACCUCAACUCUGUAGUCAUCUGUCUGCAGUCACUAGGCAGAAAGGGCUCAAACUACGGACAACCCAGCAUUGGACCCAAGGAAGCAGAGAAGAACGUUCGCAACUUCACCGAGGAACAAUUGAAAGCUGGCCAAGGAGUGAUCAGUCUACAGUACGGCAGCAACAAGGGAGCAAACCAGAGCGGAAUCAACUUCGGCAACACAAGACACAUGUAAACAUCUCACUGUGUAAAUACGUGGUUAUGUGAAAGACUAUCAGUACCCGUACUGUUUUAUAUUUAUAUUAUUUAUUUUAUAUCUUCCGUAGAAACUGUAAUCCGACAAUCUCUGUUACAUCCGCCACCGCCAGUAACUGUGUACCCACUAGUAUUACGUAUACAUUCCAGUUCUAUUUGUGUAGAUAUUUGUCAAUUUGUUAAACUUGUAGUAAUUGAGAAAGAGGUGCUAAAAAUCUAUGAAUGUUGGAAUUGUUCGAGCCUUCGAUAGUAUAGUGACUUAAUAAUAGUUUUAUUAUGAAUAUAUUUACUGAAUAAAGUUAUUUUAAUACUGUAA